UAUGAUACGUUCUACCCAAACAGAUUCGACUAAAGAAUCACAUAAAUCAGCUGUCUCUAUUCAAAUGCAAGAGAUGGAACAUGUUCCAACGGUCGAAGACCAAAAUGGAGGUAGGAAAUAUGAUGUCGAUACCUACGUUGUAGACUCAUUAUCCCUCAUACGGGAACAGCCCGAUACAUAUAUUAAUCCGAAUUAUACUAAGCCAUCAGUACCCAGUGGUAGAGUAGAUUAG